AUGUGCUUCUACAACCAAAAGCGAUUUGCCUGCGGUGACUGGAGCUGGACGAAUUUCGCCCACCGGUGCCAUUACGAGUAUCGCACGGGCGAAACAUGCGGAAUGAAACUUGUGAACGUGACCGACUAUGAGAACACUCAAUGUCGCCUCUGCGAGAAGAUUGAGACCAAGUUCCGCCGGCGAGACGCCGAGGUCGAACGGUUGAACCGCUGGAGACGCGAAGGGGGCACCCUCGUAGCCUCCAUGGACCGAUCCCAAAGGCUCAUAAUGGAGCUGGACAGAGAGAUCGGAAAGCUUCAAAUUGAGCGCGAGGACAAACGAAGCGCCCUGGGAUGA